AUGAAGGCGUUGGAAAAAGUGCGAGUCCGAUUUGCACCAUCUCCAACUGGCCACCUACACAUUGGUGGAUUGAGAACGGCUCUUUUCAACUAUUUAUUCGCCAAAAAACACGGUGGAGACUUUGUUCUUCGAAUAGAAGAUACAGAUAGAGCACGAUUUGUAGAUGAUGCUCAGGAUAAGGUACGAAGACCAAGAGAAGGAGGAAACUACGGGCCUUACGAACAGUCAAAAAGGCUAGAUCACUACCAACAGGCCGCCCAUCACUUAAUCGAUUCUGGUCACGCUUACCGAUGUUUCUGUCCUGAGCAUCGACUGGAAUUAUUGAGGAAAACUGCUGAAAAGCGCGGAGAAAUUCCGAAAUACGACAGAAAAUGUGCGCAUUUGACUUUGGAAAACGCCAAGGCGAUGGCUGAUAACGGAGAGAGUUUUGUGGUUAGAUUCAAAUUGGACAAGCAAAAUGUGCAGUUUCAAGAUGAGGUUUUCGGUACAGUUAAUCAGUGUAUCGACGAGAGUGAUCCUGUUCUUUUAAAAUCCGAUGGAUUCCCCACGUAUCAUCUGGCGAAUGUCAUUGACGAUCGGAAGAUGGAUAUUUCACAUGUGAUUCGUGGAAUGGAAUGGCUGAGUAGUACAGGAAAACAUCAAAUUUUGUAUAGAGCUUUCAACUGGACCCCACCGAAAUUCGUCCAUCUCUCUCUGAUCAUGCGCACAGCCACCAAAAAACUCUCAAAACGAGACAAGGAUGCAUUUGUAGCAUAUUACUCAGAUCAACUCGGAGCUCUACCUGAAGCAGUUCUAAAUUUAAUGAUCCGCAACGGAUCAGGAAUUCGAGACUUCGAUGCAGAUCAUUUCUAUUCGCUUCAAGAAAUGAAGGAUCAGUUUGAUUUGAGUCUAUUGGGUAGACGCAACUUGCUACUGGACCAUGAUUCUCUGCAGAAAUAUUCUAGAAUGGCAUUCAAGUCAGCAGACUUCGAGUUUCUAUAUCCACGAAUUGUCGAUUUGUUAAAGAAGGAUAGGAAAUUUGAGAUUCCAGAAAAAGAACACAUUAGAAGAAUCGUGUCUUUCUUGAAUUCCAAAGAAGAGAACUUUGGUUUCCUGAGCUCAUUGACUGGUGGCGAGUUCAAUUGGUUCUUCUCCCGUCCUCGAUCUGCACAGCUUCUUCUGGACUCUCAUCCGAAUGUCGACCUCAAACAGAUUAUCAAGGAGUUAUUAAAAUUAGAAACAUUCAACUCUGAAACCCUUGGUGAAGUUGCCAAGAGACAUCAAUUGACCCUUGCCAAAGCGAUGGGAAUCGUUCGAAUUUCAUUGAUUGGCUCGAAAAAAGGACCGCCCAUCUCGGAACUUGUCGAGUUUUUUGGAAUUGAAGAAUGCCGGGAAAGACUUGAAAUCAUGUUAAGAUUGCUUUGA